AUGGUGGAUAAGGGUUACAGUUACUACCGAACAGUGAUAUUCACUGCCAUGUUUGUUGGCUACACACUGUACUAUUUCAAUAGAAAAACGUUUUCAUUUGUAAUGCCCUCAAUCAUGGAGGAAAUAGAAUUGGACAAAGAUGACUUGGGUCUCAUCACUAGCAGCCAGUCUGCAGCCUACGCUAUCAGUAAAUUUAUCAGUGGAGUCCUCUCUGAUCAAAUGAGUGCCCGCUGGCUCUUCUCAUCUGGCCUUCUACUGGUGGGCGUAGUCAAUGUUGUCUUUUCUUGGAGCUCUACCGUUACAGUCUUUUCAGGGCUGUGGUUCCUGAAUGGGCUGGCACAAGGACUGGGGUGGCCACCAUGUGGGAAGGUACUGCGCAAAUGGUUUGAGCCUUCCCAGUUUGGGACGUGGUGGGCAAUUCUCUCCACCAGCAUGAAUCUGGCUGGUGGCUUGGGCCCCAUUGUUGCUGCUCUGAUGGCUCUGCGCUACGACUGGCGCACAACUCUGUCCGUCUCUGGCUUCAUCUGCGUGGGUGCCUCCUUUGUUUGUCUUGUCCUGAUUAAAAAUGAGCCCUCAGACGUUGGGCUACCAAACAUUGAACCAGGAACCAUGAAAGGGAAAAAAGGCUCAUCCAGAGAUGACAGCACCCUGGCAGAGCUGCUACUCUCGCCAUAUCUGUGGGUACUCUCGACUGGCUACCUGGUUGUCUUUGGAGUGAAGACAUGCUGUACAGAUUGGGGUCAGCUCUUCCUGAUUCAGGAAAGAGGACAGUCUGCUCUUGUGGGCAGUUCUUACAUGAGUGCCUUGGAGAUUGGGGGCCUGGUAGGAAGCAUUGCUGCUGGGUACCUUUCUGACAGAGCAGUAGCACGGGUGGGUCUGUCAAGUUAUGGGAAUCCUCGGCAUGUGCUCCUGCUUUCCAUGAUGGCGGGAAUGUCUGCUUCGAUGUACCUUUUCCGGGUCACAAUCACAAGUGACUCUCCUAAGGAAAACGACUUCUGGAUUGUAGCCUUGCAUCCUCUCGCUGCCCUCACAGGCUUAACAGAACAGGAGUUGUGGAUACUGAUUCUAGGAGCCAUCUUUGGGUUUUCUUCUUAUGGACCAAUUGCAUUGUUUGGAGUGAUAGCAAAUGAGAGCGCACCUUCCAACCUGUGUGGCACCUCCCAUGCUAUUGUUGCACUACUGGCCAAUGUUGGUGGUUUCCUGGCUGGAUUGCCUUUCAGUACUAUAGCCAAGCACUACAGCUGGGCCACAGCCUUCUGGGUAGCUGAAAUAACAUGUGUCAUCAGCACCAUAGCCUUUUUCUUGUUACGGAACAUCCGCACCAAGAUGGGUCGGGUACCCAAGAAGAUUGACUAAAGAUGAGCUGCAAAGGUGCAGCUGUGACCCAGCUUACUCUGCCAUGAGCUAUCUGCUGUGUCUCCCUCCCCAGAAGCAGGGACCGCUAGCCUAUUACUAAAGAAAAACACUGCUUCCCCAGCUAUUGUCAGAGACUGAACAGUUACUGGUCCACAUAUUACUGCAGAUCCUCGCCAUUGCAACAAAACAGCUCCCUUUUCAGUAAUAGCAAAUGAGUAAAGUUCUUGGAACUCCAUUCAAGAGAUGGAAGUACUGUACAACGGUUACUUUUUGUUGUUAAAUUAGUCACCAUGGCUAACCUCAGUAUUAGUGAACUGCAAAACAGAUGGUUAACACCAAAUAGAAUAGUACUUCCUGGAGUACCAAGGAAACUGGCUCAAGAGUGUAUGAAAUAACAGCAUUAGACACAUACACACUUUGUACAGCUCCUCUCUUUCUGCAUUAUCUAGAAAAGUCUUUAAAAGAGAUUUUUAUCAUUAGGUUGUAGAUGAUUAUUUCUAUAAGUAACAUAAUCAAUGAUAUUGUCACGUGAAAGUGUAAAUUUCUAAUGGCUCCAGUUCGCUGAACCAGGUACAGCAUUUUUAGGUUAAACUACAACAUAGGGGCUGCUUACUAUUAUGAAUGCUUGUUAGCAGGAGCAUUGCCCCGCGGUAGCAAAUAUGUCAUAUGUGAACAGACUUUUCUUAUCAGGAUUUGUGUGUGUGUUCUCUGCAGGGUUUGAGUUAUUUAGAAUGCCUGUAGGUAAGCAAGAAGCUCAGCAGCAACCACUGUAAAGCUACCUUCACAUAAGAUUGUUCUGUCAGUCCUAACAAAAUGGCUAAAUAUUGUACAAAAGUAAACUACAUUUGAUACUUAAGCAUGAGUAUUACAAAAUACUGUUUACUAACUGGGAAAU